AGAUUUUCCUGCAUUUCCAUUAGUUCUGGAGAUUCGCUUCCCCUAGUAGAAUUGCGCGAUGGAGAAGAGAUUCAACAGGAACCUGUCAAACGAAAGCAGAGGAUCCUCAAAGAGCUUGCAGAGGAUAAUAGCAGAGAACAGAAAGCCUGCUAGUCCUGUCCCUGACUUGACUGAUUUUAUGAAUGACAUGUUUUUCGGGACACCAGGUCCGGAUAAAAGAUCGUAUAAUCUGAAGGGAAUUAACACUAAUUCGAUGGACGAUGAUGAUGAUUUCGACUCGAGUACAAGGAGUGUUAGCAGCAGAUUAACUCAGGAGUGGCUUCAGGAAGCUAAGCAAAUGGUAGCUUCAUCUCCUGGUCGUGGAAGUGAGUCACCCCCAAGGCGGCUAGUGACUUCCCCUAGGUUUGCAACAUCUCAUGCUAGGAUUGCAGAGUCUCAUACUGAAGGCAGAGAUCCCCUAUCUAGAUCUGCUAGAAGGCAUAGAUCAGUAGUGGGGAUCAGUGAAGAAAUCCUCUCAAAAACAGCAAAACACAACCGCAACAAAUCAGAACUGUCUAACAAUCCUCCUUCAGCUAGCACAUCAAACGUUCAUGAUUGGAUCUCGGACAACUUCAAACCUCCAAAUGAUGGGCCCACAUUCGAGCCCACUUCUCUCAAGCCCAACAAUGAGCAGCAACCCCCGCUCACCCUCCCACCCCGCCAAUCAAUCAGUCGUCGAACGCGGUUCCAUACAAACUCCAAUGCACCUCAGCCACAGUCUAACAACUCUCCAAAACGAACAUUCAAAAUUCCCGCCACUGUCUCAACGGACAAUGUAUCACACUUUUUAGAUGACAAGCCACUUUCUCCACCCAAAAAUCUCAUUGAAUCUGCUCAUCGGAGAUCGAUUUCAUCGACUACAUGCUCGAUCCCUGACGAUCGGAUCCUUUCGCCUCCGAGGAAUUUAGUAGAGUCAGCUCAUCGUAGAACUAUCUCCGCAUCCACGUCUGCUUUCGAGAAGGUUUUGCAGAAGAACGAUGUGGAUAGGGAUAAAGUCAAGGAGGAAGAUUUGAAGAGUCAGGUAUUGAAUCGGUUUUUGAUGGAGCAGAGAGACAAAAUUAACGACAUUUUUUGUGGGAAGAUAAAAGGGAAAGCCAAAAUUGUGCUCUCUGGACCUUCCAACAGUACAAGCUCAAUGGUGGCAGCAAUUUGCUAUGCUUGGUUGUUGGAAAAUAGGACGAGGGCUAAUGAGCAAGAAGGAGGAGAUGCGGAUACAAUUCAAGUGGUGGUUCCUGUGAUGAAUAUGACAAGAGGGAAAACGUUGAAGCAGCGUCAAGCGCCACGACUUUUUCACCUUGUUGGUCUUGAUACCAAAUCACUGCUCUUUUCUGAUGAGGUUGAUUUGGAAACACUGCUGUUGGCUAAGCAGCUAAGCAUCCUUGUAGUUGGGGAAGACAUACUCAAAACUAACGGAGAGGCAGUAUCAGGGUGCACUGUUCUUACGGACAAUUAUUGCGAGGAUGCUUAUGACCUACUUCAAACGCCUAUGUUGAAAAAACUUCUGCUUGCAAGCAUACUUUUAGACACACAAAACUUAAGUGCAUCUUCUAAGGUGUCGAUGACAAGAGAUGUAGAAGCAGUUCAGCUGCUUUCAGUUGGCUCAGGCCCUAAUUACAGGAACACGUUUUUUGACCAACUAAUGCAAGAUCCUAAGGAUGAUAGUUUCAGUGAAGGUAUGAGGCAGAGUUAUGGAAAUUCACCCAUUGAGAGUAGCAAUAAAUAUAAAUCACAUCAGAUCUUGGAGAGGAAUUCCAUUCCUCAAGAAAAUACACCAAGUUCAGAUAAGACAUCUAAGGAUGUGAAGAAUGGGAAGACAAAUAGAGUGUCUCCAAAGACAGGUAAACCUACAGUAUCACCUAUACAGGCUCUUCCAGCAUCACCUGCAAAGCCAGCCGAUGCUUCUCGUGGCAAGAACAAGACCUUCUUCUUAGCAAAGUGGUUUGGCUUUGGGAAGUGAGUUACUAAAUCUGUUAUAAUAUGAGUAAUUUCGAUCAUCCAGUGUUCAAAUUUAGCAAGCCGAUGGGAAGUAAAUUUUGUUUCUUUUUUUUUUUAAAAAAAAAAAGAAAAACUUACAACAUUAACAGGGAAUUUUCCAAAUGUUUGGAGAGCUGUUUUGGUUGUUGGUCUUAUUUAAUUAAUUUUUUUGUGUCCGGGUCAGGGUGCUUCCACAUGCUAGUGAUGCUAUAAUGUUUUUACAUUUGGGAUUGUAUUUCAUUGAUUUUUUUCUCAUGUUAAAUUUAUGUUGACCUUGUAAUCCAUAUGGUAGAAAUAAUCUACAUGUGAUUUUAUGCGAGAUAUAAUUUGAAAUAAGGACAAGAACACCUAAAAUUUACAUAUAUAUACUACUUUUUUCCGAAUUACAAGUAUACUAGCUAGUAAUGUUAAUUCUGAAUUCUUCUAUCACAAUCUUUACGCCAUCUUUCAGCACAUAGUUAUGCAUUCCCUGAUAGGUCCUGAACUAUAAUUUGUGCAUAACUAGUGUGAUUACUUCAUCAACUGAACUACCCUACUUAUGCUCAAUUCUCCGCUACAUAAAUGAUUAUCAUACCAGUGAAGUAGGCAAAUAUCGUACAACAAUCAGAGGAUUGCAUAAACAUACCAGGCAUUUGUCUAGCUUUAUUUUUCACUUAACAUUAUCUCUGGCUCUCUGCGGAAAAUUUAUGAGAUUGAUAGUUACUGCUGGGUUAAAAGAACACAUGUUGCUCUAAUUUAUGAACUAGUACUAUCUACUUUGAACAUGGAAUCUUUCCAGUUAUUGUAAUUUGUGUACCAUGAAAACAUUAGAUCUUUAUGUAAUCCGAUUUUUUUCCAUGAAUAUGCUUGAUGUUCAAGAAUAUUUUCUUCCUUGAAUAAGAGCCAGUUUGAUUAAUUCCAAUUUCCAACUCAACAUCUCUAUUCACACUUGUAUAUCUUCAUUUAUUUCAUUCUU